GAUUAUUUUUAUUUUGCAAUCCAUCUAAUGAGAAUUAAUAGGAUAUCAUAAGUGCAAAUGAAUAAGAGUGUAUAAUGAUACUAAUAAAAUUGUUGAUUGAUAAAGAAACUUAAUUAUAGAUAUUAAGAGAAGGAUUGAAAAUAAAAGAUAAACAAAUGAAAAAUGAAUGAAAGAGUUUGAAAGACAGAGUAUUUAUUGUGAGAUUGUUAUUCAUAUUGAAAUGUGAUAGUUGAAUGCUUUACAAUUUAAGGGUUUAGAAAUAUUAUGAAACAAAUUAAUUAUUUUCAAUAAGCAUUAUUCAUCUUUAGAUAGGUUUUGCUUUUAAUUAUAUUAGAUUGGCAGCAAGUCAUGAACGAUCAGUCAGAUGAAAAGCAACAAAAUAAAUAUAAUUGCACAUAAUUUGAAGACAUUAAUGGACUUGAUUAAAGUAUAAGAAAAGUAGUAAAAAUGGAUGGAAGUGGUGAAAAGGCUUGUAUUAGUAUCUAGAUUAAUUUAGCAAUCAAUUUGUAAUGCAACUCCUUUAGAAUUAAUGAAUAGCGAAAAUCAGUCAUUUAGUAAAUUAAACAUCUUGCUCGAUAAGGUUCUCAAAUGUAUGUAACUAUCAAUAUAUUUCAAUUUUUAACAACUACAAUUGUAGUUUUUCAUAUUGCACAUAUAUUUUAAUUGCUUCCUUUAUUAUUAUUUUAGUACCGGAUAUUUAGAGCUUCCAACAUAAUAAAUAAAUCAAUAUAAAAAUAGAAGUAAUGAAGAUGCAGUAAUUGACGAAGUACUCUUAGAGUAAGUACAUUUUCAAUACAAUCUCAACUCUAAUCCAUAUAUUCAACAUUUAUUUUUUCUUAUUAUUUUUUCUUAGUAAGUUUUUACCGCCAAACUCAAUCACUCCACUCAUUUUCACUAAAAAAUUACCACAAGGAGGUCAAUAUAGAUUAAAAGGAACACAACCAUUGUGGGUAAAUGCUUUAGAAAGUCUUUUGAGUGUUGUGGUCUAAUUGUAUUAUAAGAGUGAUCAAAAAUUGGCAGAGUUUAUGAAAGAAAAAGUCUUAAUAGAUUCAAAAAAAGAACUUAAACAAGUUUAUAUUACAUUAUUAAUUCAAGGAAAAGAAACCUGGAAGGAAAAAGAAAAUUCCUGAUAACGAUUCACCUAAUCAAGAAUAGAAUGAAUAAUAAUAAUAAUAAUCAGGCAAUAUCAAUGUUUAUUCACUACUUUAAUAAGAUGUAUUGGAUAUUCUAAUAUCUCCAUUAAGAAAUGAUUUUCCAUUUGGUAUUAUCAAUAUUUCUAAAUUUUUAGAAACUUGGACAACCAAAGAAAUCGCAAUUUUCGAAUGUGGACUUUGCAGAUAUGGUAAACAAUAUGAAUUUUUAUCCCAUCUUGUAAAAUUAUCACUUAUUUUAGAUUAAAACUAAAAAUGCUCAAGACAUCAUUUAAUUUUACUACUUUUGGAAAUUCACGAGCCAUUAUAAACUUUGGAAAAUUAAUAAAGCAUAUUAUCAUCGCAGUAACCUAAACAACUAUGUUUGA